UUAAUUAUUUUGGAUCCACAAACUUUGUAUAUCAAGCAUUGCCUUUAUUGAAACGUUCUCCAAAAUCAAGGGUCGUUGUCGUUUCUUCGGCUGCUGGACUUGUGGGUGCGCCAUUCAGAACUGGUUAUUCUGGUUCUAAAUUUGCUGUUAGAGGAUUUUUCACCGCCUUGGCUUCUGAAAUUGCCGAAAAUGAUGUUUAUGUUACUGUAGCCUACCCAGGCCCCGUUAAAACCCAAAUAAACAAUACACGUCUUGGAAAAGCACCUCGUGAACUAGAUGUUUCCAACGCAAUUACUCCUGAAAAAUGUGCCCAAAUUAUAUACGAAGCAACAUUAAAUGGUGACAAGGAAGUAAUGUUUGAAAAUCUCGGUAGAAUCGUUAAAACAAUGGAAGGCCCAUUUCCUUAUCUUGUUUCUUGGUUUACUAGUAGAGUACAAAAUAGUCUUAAUAAGAGAAAAUAA